UUCAAGAUGGUGCCCGACUGGUGUUUUUCUUUUUUGUAAAUAAAGCCAUUUUAACGUUGAAUAAAAAACGAUCAAAUAGCCACAAGAAAGAAUUAUGGACUUUGAUUUUGAGAUAGAUCCCAGGGGUUUAAAAGGAAAACCAGGCACGGUGACCCUUUCAAAAGACAAGCAGAACUUGAUUGGGAUAUCUAUCGGUGGCGGAGCUCCUCUGUGUCCUGUAUUGUACGUCGUUCAAGUGUUUGACAACACUCCGGCGGCCAAAGACGGUACGUUACAAGCGGGAGAUGAGAUCGUUGGAGUGAAUGGCAAAUCUUUGCGUGGAAAGACGAAGGUCGACGUGGCUAAAGCUAUACAGGCUGUCAAGACUGAUGUGACGAUCAGUUAUGUCAAACUUCACGCGGACCCGAAGUUGGGCAAGACAUUGGACAUAGUUAUGAAGAAGAUGAAACAUCGUGUGGUGGAACACAUGAGCUCAGGAACAGCAGAUGCGCUUGGUCUAAGCAGAGCUAUCCUUUGCAAUGAUGGCUUGAUAAAGAAGCUGGAGGAAUUGCAGCAAAAUUCGAUGCUCUACAAAGGUCUGUUCGACCACACGAAACGCUAUCUUCAAAGUUUCUACCAACUCGCGCAAACACAUAAAGAAUUGGGUAAUAUUUUCAGUUCUAUUGGGGUACGAGAAUUGCAACCAAACGCAAAUGAAGCCUUUAGUAUUUUCUCAACGGCACACAGAUCAUUUGAAAAAAUUGGAAUGGAUUUUCUUAAGAAAGUGAAACCGAUGCUGAGUGACCUAAACACUUAUCUCUCGAAGGCAAUUCCUGAUACACAGUUGACCAUAAAGAGAUAUGCUGAUGCGAAGUUUGAAUACCUCUCCUAUUGCUUGAAAGUUAAGGAGCUCGACGAUGAAGAAUACGCGUAUGCUGCUUUGCACGAGGCUCUCUACCGUGUCGAGACCGGUAAUUAUGAUUACAGAGUGGUGUUGCGAUGUCGGCAGUUGGCGCGGGAGAAAUUUGCCCGACUUCGCUCGGAUGUGCUCGUCAAACUUGAAUUACUCGAUAAUAAACACGUUCAAGACAUCGUAUUUCAACUGCAACGGCUCGUUCAAGCCAUGUCAAAAUACCACCAGGAAUGUUACAGUGAAUUAAAGCAAGCUGACGUCUUUCCAAUCGAGGUUGAUCUCACGAAAGGUAUUCUGGGUAGUGCUUUGCAGUGACGUCAUUUACGGUGGCGGUCAUGUAGCACUUCUUGGCGGAUUGUCCGUCUUUUUUUGCAUAGAAAAGGUGGAUAAUCCAUCAAGAUGUGCUGAUACGUCCUGUUUGUCUCGAAGAAUUACCUAGCUGGAACGAUAGAACGGCGGGAAAUAGGGGCGGCAAAAAUUCCUUCGCUCUGUUUGCGUUGAAGUACUAAAAAAGAAAAAACAUGGCUCUUUGGUAGCUUGUGCAAACAUCGCGAAAGUAAACCAAAGUAUUUGGUCGGUUGUAUUAAAUCUUUUAUUAACUAUAAAAAAAUAAUAAUAAUAAUUUAGUAUGCAUGUACAUUUAAACCAUAUCAAAUAAUACUGACUGUACUUAAACAAACCAGACUAACAAAAUUAAUGGAAAUUAAGUUAAAUCUUGCGUACAUCAGAAGUGCCCGUAGUUUUUUAAAUUAAAUUUAAUCGUUCACGGGAACUUUAGGCCGGCUUUCCACUGCACUCGGUUUGUCGAGUGGACCUAGCUGCUUCAGUCGAAUUCUCGCGAUUAAAAUAAUAUCUGGGGAAAAUGACGUACUCUCAUCAUCAGUUCCGCCGAGUGGAAAUCCGCCUUUAUGCCUGGUUCCUGUAAGUGUCGCGAACAUGUCAAGGUGGCCGAUGUGAUAGAAUAUUUCUACGUGUGUGCAGUCAAUAAUGACAGGAAUAGCUGUUAAUAAUAAUACAGAAAUAAAGAUAGAUUUGCAACCCGACGAUUUCUUAUCGGUGAAAAUGACUUGUUCACGACAAUUACAACAAAAUGGAGACCAGGCUUUAUAGACUGUGCUAACAGCGCCAUGCGCUUAUUCCCAGCAGAUUUCUCGUGCGUUGAUAGUAGCGAGUUUAAAAUGCACCAAAUCUACGACGCGGACGUGACAGGAAAUCUGCUAUUGGUGUUAGGAAACAAGUACUAAUUUGUUUUACAUACGGCUUUGACUUCGUUUAUGAAAAGGUGUCUGUAAUUUUCAUUCCUGUUAGGAAACUGUGGAUAUUAAAGCGAGAUAGAGAGUGAAUCUUAAACUCGCUAGUAUUUGUGAGGAAUUCACUUUGCGAGUCUUUCUCGUGUGUGGAUUGCUUUUAUUUAGAGCAUAUCAACUACCUUCAAUGCAUGGUUUAGGGGCUGUUUACAUGAGCCCGGUUACCCGAGAUUCAACGAACCGUGAGAUGAUUUUGAGGCAUUGAAAUGAGCAGAUAACAUGAUCCUGACAGUCGUAUAAUCGCCACAAUAAUAGCAUGUGCUUGUUUGGUGUCAUAUAUAGACUUAUUUCAAUACCUCAAAGUCCUCUCACGCUUCGUUGAACCUCGGGUAACCGGGCUCAUGUAAACAGCCUUUAGCUCACAGGUCACCAUUGUUUUCUUACGUAAAAGAAGAAAUCAAAGGGCCGCCAUGCAAUGAAAAUGUUUGGUUAUUUAUUUAUUCAGUAAAUUUCCAACGCAUUAAAACAAUAGAUAAUCAGCUGAGGUGCCUCGUUAUCUUUUGCACAUGAGAAGCAAGGCGUUUGAAACUGGUCAAUUCAAUUGUAAAAAUACAUACAUAACUUGUAGUCGAGAAAAGAUUACAAAAAUAGUUCAGGAGUAUUU